AUGGACACAGUUGCCCAGGUUGUUGCGAACCCCCCGCAAAGAAAUUCUGCUGAUAUCCGUGUCAAUGGUGAACCUGUGAACGGAGGACCUGGUGUAAUUCUUCCUGCUGCCAAUCAAGGUAAUCCUCGUGGGCCUCCUCAACCUACUCUUGAAGGACAACCUACACAGCAAAUCAGAAGGACCGCUGUUAUCCCCGUGUUGGAAGAGGACCGACACGAGGAUUUGUUUCCUGAAAGUGAGUGGGGACUACCACAUGAUGCUGGAAGGAUGUUCAGAGGUCUGGAGGAAAGGAUGAGGGCCAUGGAAGGCCAAGGACUGGGGAUGGAUAUCAGUGACUUGGGUUUAGUUCCUGGCGUCCGUGUGCCAUCGAAGUUCAAGGUAUCUGAUUUUGAGAAAUACAAGGGGAAUACUUGUCCUAAGACACAUGUCCGAGCUUACUAUCGCAAAAUGCAUGUGUACUCUGAGGAUGAAGGGUUGCUGAUGCAUUUCUUCCAAGAUAGCCUGACUGGGGCAUCCUUGGAAUGGUACAUGAGAUUGGAGAGGGCUAACAUCCGAAGUUGGAGGGACUUAGUUGAGGCCUUCAUAAAGCAAUAUCAGUAUAAUGUUGACAUGGCACCAAAUCGCACUCAGUUACAGAAUCUAGCCCAGAAAGCUAAUGAGUCCUUCAAAGAAUAUGCGCAGAAAUGGCGCGAGUUGGCUGCUAGAGUUCAACCACCUAUGCUGGAAAGAGAGGUGAUGGAUAUAUUCACCAAUACUCUAGAGGGUCAAUAUUACUCCGCCUGCUCUGCAUCCUCAAGCUUCGCCGAUUUGGUCAUGAUUGGUGAACGUAUUGAAAGUGGUAUUAAGGCUGGUAGAAUACAGAAUCCAACUGUUGCCAAUUCUUCCUCGGGGGCUGGUGGAAAGAAGCUAUACAAUGGAUUUGCCAAGAAAAGAGAGGGCGAGACUAGUGCUGCUUACUAUGGACAAGGCAAGGGACAUGCUUAUCAACAAGUAGCCGCUGUGACUAUACCAAAUGCACCUUUUCAGCAAUAUCAACAACGAGGGUAUAAUCCACGUCAAUAUCAACCAAAAACGCCUGAGAGGGUUUUUGAUCCGAUCCCGAUGACAUAUGCACAAGUAUUGCCAUACCUCCUCGAUUUGAAGUUAAUCCAAUUGAGGACUCUAGCCACUCUUGCUAAGUUGCUUGCUAAUUGGGAUGCCAAUGCAAGAUGUGAAUUCCACUCUGGGGCACCUGGACAUAGCAUUGAAAACUGUAAAGCGUUGAAGCAUCCGGUUCAAAAUCUUCUCGACUCCAAGGCCAUUGAGUUUACUCCUACUCAAGGACCUAAUGUUGUUCAGAAUCCUAUGCCUCCCCAUGGAGCUCACGCUGCAAAUGCCAUCGAGUUUGCUGAAGACACUCGCUUGGUCAAGGAUGUGAUCGAAUUGGGCUCUCUGUUGCCAUUAUUGAAGAAGGAGUUAUUGAGGAUGGGUCUAUACUCUAGUUGUGGAAAAUUCUGUACUGAUUGCAUGGCCGUUUCCUCAGUUUGUGAUAAGGUGAAAAAUGGGGUUCAACAAUUGAUAGAUAGUGGGUAUCUACAGUUUGAGCGUGUGCGACGUCCUGAAAAGGUUGAAAACGAAAUUAAUGUGGCAUCCAUUCCGUAUACUCCUGCCAAGAUUCCAAUUCCUGCCAGAGCACCUCCUCUGGUUAUUACAUUGCCUGUUCCCAUCCCGUAUACUAGUGAAAGAGCAAUCCCAUGGAAUUAUGGGGGAGAAGUGUUCUACCAAGGGGCCAAAUAUGAGAUUAAAAUGCCAGUUGAGAAAGAAGAUGUGGAUAAUGUUGUUGGCAUUGGAAGAAUGACAAGGAGUGGUCGUAUUUUCAAUCCUCCUCAAAAUACUCGCGAUGAUGGUACAUAA